AUGGUGCUUCCCAAACUCCACGCUUGCGUCUCCCGCGCGGCUACUCUCCCAGCCAGCAUUCAGCUCAUCCGCCAAGCUCCGGCCGGAGACGAGAUCCAGCUCCAGAUCGCCCUGAAGCAUCAGAACAUCCACAAGCUUGAGUCAACACUGCGCUCCGUCUCCGACCCUUCGAGCUCACACUACGGGCAGUACCUCUCCAAGGAUGAGGUCAAUGCGCUCUUUGCUCCAUCCAACCACUCAAGGACCGCCGUCGAGUCGUGGCUGAAGGACGCCGGCAUCACUGCCGUGUCAACUCGAGGCCCCCUCGUUGAUUUUGUUACAACGGUGGCCAAGGCAAAUGAACUGCUCGGGGCGGACUUUGCCUGGUUCGACGUCGAGGGUCACAAGAAGCUCCGAACGACGGAGUACUCCAUCCCCGACACGCUCACGGCGCACAUUGACCUCGUUGCGCCAACGACAUUCUUCGGCCGCACCAAGUCGCACCGUAUGAUACCCGACGACGAGACCUCCGAGCUCGACGCCCGACAAGCCCGCAACACGACGACCUGUUUGUCCGUCAUCACGCCCGACUGUCUCGAGGAAGCAUACAACUAUGGCAGCUACAAGGCGGACCCCGCGGCUGGCAGCCGGGUCGCAUUCGCCAGCUUCCUCAAUCAGUCGGCCCGCCAGGAGGAUCUGACGCAGUACCUGAACACGUUCAAGCUGCCGCCCCGAAACUUUACGACGGUCCUCAUCAACGGCGGCGAGGAUCACCAGGACCCCAACGGCGACAUUGGCGAGGCCAACCUCGACGCGCAGUUCCUGGCAGCCGUGACGAAGAACCUGCCGCUGAAGCAGUUCAUCACGGGCGGCUCGCCCCCGUUUGUGCCGAACCUGCGCAUCACCAACGCGUCGACCAACUCGAACGAGCCGUACCUCGACUUUUACGAGACGCUGCUGGCCACGGACGACGAGGGCGUGCCGCAGGUGCUGUCGUCGUCGUACGGCGACGAUGAGCAGACGGUGCCGGUCGAGUACGCGAAGCGCGUGUGCAACCUCAUCGGCAUGAUGGGGCUCCGCGGCGUGACUGUCCUCGAGUCGAGCGGCGACGCGGGUGUCGGGGCGCCGUGCCGUGCCAACGACGGCAGCGGGCGCGCCGAGUUCACGCCAACGUUCCCCGGCACGUGCCCGUACCUGACGGCCGUUGGCGGCACGCAGGCGUGGGCGCCCGAGGUGGCGUGGGUGGGCAGUGCCGGCGGCUUCAGCAACUACUUUGAGCGGGCGUGGUACCAGAAGGCGGCGGUCAAGACGUACCUCAAGGAGUCGAUCCCGGCCGAGGUCAAGUCGUACUACAAGCACGGCGGGUUCGUCGACUUUGGCGGCCGCGGAUUCCCGGACAUUUCGGCGCACAGCCUCGAGCCGUGGUACCAGUUUGUCAAUGCCGGCAGGCCCAGGCGGACGGGUGGCACGUCGGCGGCGGCGCCCGUGGUGGCGGGCAUCAUCGGCCUCCUCAACGAUGCGCGGUUGAGGGCCGGGCAGCCGACCAUGGGUUUCCUCAACCCGUGGCUGUACGCUCGCGGCGUCGACGGCUUGCUCGAUGUGACCGAGGGCAAGGCCGAGGGCUGCGGCGGUAUUGACUUGCAGAGCGGCAAUCCGGUGCCCGGUGCUGGCGUCAUCCCAUGGGCAUCGUGGAAUGCGACAAAGGGCGCUGCGACAGAUUGCGGUCAAUGGCACCAAGGCAUGAUCUGGUGCUGCUGGGUUCCCGUGGUUGCGAUGUAUUUGGAGAUGCUGCGAGAGCAAGGUUAG